AUGGAUAGGAGUUGGAUGAACAAGCCUAGGAAUAGUUAUGAGUACAAAAAAGGAGUUACUGAAUUUCUUCAUUUUGCAUUCCAUAAUGCAUCUCAAUGUGGGAAGAUAUUGUGUCCAUGCAUUCACUGUGUUAAUCGUUCUUGGCAAAGUUAUGAUGAUGCUAGAGUACACCUUAUAUGUGAUGGGUUUUUAAGGGGAUAUACUAAAUGGAUAUGUCAUGGGGAGAAUCCAACCACCAAUAUGGAUCAAUCAUCUUCCUCACAACACACCACUAAUGUUCAUACUACAGAACAUGUAGAAGAAUGUAAUACUACAACCUUAAAUACAAGAAGGUCAGAUGACAUUGUAGGAUUACUACGUGAUGCAUUAGGUGUUUCUAGUCAAGGAAAUUAUAGAGUUAGACAAGAUGUCGAGGAAUUACAUUAUGAGAAAGAUAGAGUCGAGAAUGAAUCACAACUUGAUGAGAUUAAUAUAGAACAAUCAGAAGAUACUUCUAGUAGAAGGACAAGUGAAUUUGAAAAUUUAUUGAAAGAUGUGAAUGUAGAGUUAUACCCCGGUUGCAAAACCUUUUCUAGGUUAUCUUUCAUUUUGCAAUUGUACCAUUUAAAAUGCUUAAAUGGAUGGACAGGGAAAUCAUUUACAAUGCUUCUGGAGUUGUUAGUUGAUGCUUUUCCUGAAGGUACAUCACUACCUAAAUCUCAUUAUGAAGCUAAAAAAGUCAUCAAAGCAUUAGGUCUCAAUUAUGAGAAGAUUCACUCUUGCGUAAAUGAUUGUAUGUUGUUUUGGGGAGAAAGGGAGAAGCAAGAAUUGUGUCAUGUUUGUGGAUCCUGUCGAUGGGUUGUAAAGAAGAAUGAACAGUUGAAUUCAGAUGGUGACAGAGUAGAAAUGUCUUCUAUUAGGAAGAAGAAACCAGUUAAAGUUUUACGUUACUUCCCCCUUAUACCUAGGCUUCAGAGGUUAUUUGCAUCUGUUAAAACUUCUAAAGACAUGAGAUGGCAUGAAGAGGGUCGCAUAAAAGAUGGAUUACUAAGACAUCCUGCUGAUGGAAAAGCAUGGAAAGAAUUUGAUUCCAAAUUUUCAGAAUUUUCCUCUGAUGCACGGAAUGUGAGGCUUGGUCUCGCUACUGAUGGUUUUAAUCCAUUUAGGACUAUGAGCACUACUUACAGCACAUGGCCUGUUAUAUUAGUUCCAUAUAAUAUGCCUCCUUGGACAUGUAUGAAGCAAUCCUCAUUCAUUUUAUCAAUGAUCAUCCCUGGUGAGAAGAGUCCUGGAAAUGAUAUUGAUGUGUAUUUACAACCUUUAAUUAAGGAGUUAAAUCAAUUAUGGGAAGGGGUUGAGACCUAUGAUGCUUCCAUUGGGCAUACUUUCUUAAUGAAAGCUGCUUUAAUGUGGACAAUCAAUGAUUUUCCAGCAUAUGCAAAUUUGUCUGGUUGGAGCACAAAGGGAGCUUUUGCAUGUCCUUGUUGUGCUGAAUUCACAUGCUCAAGAUGGUUAUAUAAAAGUGGAAAAUAUUGCUAUAUGGGUCAUAGGAGAUGGUUACAUGAGGGGCAUGAAUUUCGAUUUCAAAAAAAUUUCUUUGAUGGUACUGAGGAAUUGCGACCAACACCUUUACGAGCUUGGGGUAGUGGUGUAGUAAAACAACUAGAUACUAUCCAAUUCACAUUGGGGAAAGUAUCUCAAGCUGGGCAGCAAAAGACAAAGAAAAAUAAAAAGUUUGGAAGGAAAAGAAAUAGAGAAGAGGAUGCUAGUGCAUUGGUUGAAGAAACAGUAGAGAAUGUGGUUGAAGAUUCUAAUAAUGCAAAGGAUUGGUGGAAAAAGAAAAGUAUUCUCUAUAGUUUACCAUAUUGGGAACAUAAUUUAUUGCGUCAUAAUCUUGAUGUGAUGCAUAUAGAGAAAAAUGUGUGUGAUAAUGUAAUUGGCACUUUAUUAGAUAUCGAUGGUAAGUCCAAGGAUAAUCUUAAGGCUCGCCUUGACUUAGUGGACAUGGGUAUUAGAAGUGAAUUACAUCCACAAAUAAGUGAAAGUGGUAAGAGCAAAUUACCUCCGGCAUCAUUUACAAUGACAAAGAAAGAGAGAGAAAUUCUUUGUGAAGUUGUGAAGAAUGUGAAAAUGCCUGAUGGUUAUGCAUCUAAUAUUUCUAGGUGUGUUAACAUUAAGGAACGCAAGAUUAGUGGAUUGAAAACUCAUGACUCUCAUAUUCUAUUUGAGUAUAUCCUUCCAUUAGCACUACGAGUAUGUGGUCCAUCACAACAAGUGACUUCUAUUGUGAUUGAGCUAGGUGCAUUUUUCAAAGCAAUAUGCUCAAAGGUAUUAGAUGUUAAUGAGCUCAUAAAACUUCAAGAUCAUAUUGUAUUAAUACUUUGUCAUAUGGAGAUGACUUUUCUUCCAUCUUUCUUCACUAUUAUGGUACAUUUAAUGGUCCAUUUAGUGGAGGAAGUGAUGCUUGGUGGUCCAGUACAUUAUAGAUGGAUGUAUCCUGUAGAAAGAGCAUAUCCUGAAGGAUCAAUUGCAGAAGGAUACAUAGCUGAUGAAUGUCUCACAUUUUGCUCAAGAUACCUUGAAUGUGUUGAGACACGUUUCAAUCGACCUUUACGAAAUCCUGAACCACCUUCAAGUGCAAGCAUUAAACAUUUGUUUAAUACCGGUGGUCAUCCUAUUGGAAAAAUUGAAGAUGUUAUCUUAGAUGACAAAUCAUUGAUGCAAGCACAUCGGUAUGUGCUGCGCCAUUAUGAUGAGAUUGAGCAUUUUCACCAAGAAUUUGUUGCUAUUGAGAGAAGGAAACGUCGUCGCCAUGUCCAUCUUGAUUCUAAUGCAUUCAAUAAGCUUAUUAAUGAAAAAUUUCAUGAUUGGUUCCGUAAUAAGGUUACGACAAUGGAUGGGACGAGUGUAUCCAAUGACAUUGUGAGUCUUGGAAUAGGUCCUAACAAGGUGGCUAAGAGAUUUUCUGGAUUCAUUAUCAAUGGAAUCCGAUUUCAUACCUCAGCUAGAGAGGAACAAAGAUUGACACAAAAUAGUGGUGUAGUGAACAUUUCAGAAAUGGGAGGAGUUAACUAUUAUGGAAGAAUACAAGAUAUCAUUGAACUAAAUUACUAUGGUGCUUUCAAAGUUGUGAUGUUCAAAUGUGAUUGGUUUGAUGUCCAUCAUAAUAUGGGUGUGAAGCAAGAUGAAUAUGGAUUCACGCUACUGAACUUUUCUCGCUUCAUACACACUGGUGAGAAAGUAGACGACGAUCCAUAUGUAUUCUCUUCUCAAGUGGAACAGGUAUUUUAUGUGCAAGAUCCUAAAAACACAAAUUGGCAUGCAGUUGUAAAGGUUAAAUCUCGAGACUCAUUUGAUGUGGUAAAUGAUGAGGUAUUGACCGAUGAAAAUUUUAUAGUGCCAAUUAGUGGUGAUAUUUCUAAUGUAGAUGACCAUCCUAAUUGGGUGAGAUCAGAUGUUUGUGAAGAUGAUAUUAUUUAUAUUUAA